AUGAAAACCAUCGUCAUCGGACUGGUGUUGGUUUCGCUUGUGAGAAGCUGCCAACAUCUGACCGAGAGUGACGUGCGAAGGGCAACAGAUGCUGUCACCAAGAUUCUCGACACCGCGUUUCUUACCAACAACCCAACAUUGAUAGCUGAUCUGUUCGACAAGUCCUCCACUUAUAAGUUCUGCAAGGAAAAGACAUUUUCGAAAGGAGUUCCAUAUUUUGAAAACAUUAUGGACGUUAAUUACAGUCAGUACCAAAUCGAGAAAGUAUUUGUGAACAAAAACACAAUAUCGUUCAAUUUCUUCCAUUAUACCAUCAAUAAGGAGCACGGAAUCACACUCAUUACUCGCGGAUUUAUGUCUCUCCAUUAUGAUGACUCUCAGAAGAGAUUCUACAUUUCCAAGUACGCGCAAGUAUGCCCCGAUGAGCUUAUUCAUUUAAUUCCUUCAAACCAACAAAAAUAUGAAAAUAAAUAA